AUGCUGACAGAUGACAUGAAGCUCUGGCAUGGCUUAGUGAUCGCAAUGGUGUCCCUGGUCCUGCAGGCCUGCCUCCUCGCAGCCAUCUACUACCUGCUCAGCAGACACAUGGCCAAAGAGAAUGAACAGUUACUCAGAAGAUCCAGGCUCUGGGCCCCCAAGCCCAGCCCUGCCCGCCACCGCUCCCCUGCUGUACAGGAGACGAAGGAGAUGAAGGAGACGAAGGAGCCCGGGGCAGAGAGGAGCACCCCUGCGUGGGAGCCCCGUUACAGGAAUAACUGCAACACAUCCUCAGAGAGCUCCGACACCUCGGACAGCGCCGGCCGCUCGCCUCCCCCCUGCCAGGCCGCCAAGAAGGUGAAUUACACACAGGUGGUCUUUCCAGCCACAGGAGGACUAGAUAACGAAUCCGCCCUGGACUAUGAGGACAUCGAGGACAUGACAGAUUAUGUCAAUAUCAACCCAAAAAGCCACAAGCACAACCUCUGGACUUUUGUGAACCCCGCUGCCUCUGAGCCCGUGGAGUACUCCCAAGUGGCCAUGUGA